CGUGUCUUUCUUUGGAGUGCCAAAAAAGAUUGACGUGUUUAUUUCAGCACGGCUCAUUGUUUAGCCGAUAAGUUGUGCGAUCUCAUUAAAAAAUAGUCGGUGUUUUUAUAGUUUUUAAAUUAAGUAGAAUAUAAUCAACACAAUGUUACACACCUAUUUCCUGGGUAUUUUAUUGUGUGUGGGGUCUGGGUUGGCGUUGUAUGACUCCAGUUCGGACGUGGUGGACCUGAACCCUGACAAUUUCUAUCAACUAGUCACAGAUAGAGAUGAUGUGUGGUUGGUGGAAUUCUACGCGCCGUGGUGCGGUCACUGCAAGAACUUAGUGCCUGAAUACAAGAAAGCGGCCAAAGCUCUGAAGGGUAUAGUUAAAGUGGGAGCUAUAGACGCAGACAAGCACAGAAGCUUCGCAAAGGACUAUGGAGUGUCUGGCUUCCCCACAAUUAAGAUCUUUACGGGUCGUAAACAUGUUCCAUACAAGGGCGCAAGGUCAGCUGAUGCUUUCGUUGAUGCUGCUCUGAGUGCAGUGAAGAGCAAGGCUUAUGAGAGACUUGGAAAGAGAUCCGAUGACUCAUCACACAAGUCAUCCGACUCUGACGUGAUCACGCUGACAGACGACAACUUCAAGAAACUGGUGUUGGACAGCGAUGACCUAUGGUUGGUGGAGUUCUUCGCUCCGUGGUGCGGACACUGCAAGAACCUCGAACCACACUGGGCUAAGGCAGCUACUGAACUUAAGGGCAAGGUGAAAGUAGGAGCUCUCGACGCGACAGUUCACCAGGAGAUGGCUGGACGCUUCCAAGUCCAAGGGUACCCAACCAUCAAGUACUUCCCAUCAGGCAAGAAGACCUACGACUCUGCUGAGGACUACAAUGGAGGCAGGACAUCCAGUGACAUCGUGUCAUUCGCCCUUGAAAAACUGGCUGAGAAUGUACCCGCUCCUGAGAUUAUUCAGGUUGUCAACGAAGCAACAAUGCAGGCGUGCAGCGAGAAGCCGCUGUGCGUGGUAUCGGUGCUGCCCCACAUCCUCGACUGUAACGCGGCUUGCCGCAACGACUACCUCGCCAUACUCGCCCGGCUCGGAGACAAGUACAAGAACAAGAUGUGGGGAUGGGUAUGGGCUGAAGCUGGUGCCCAACUUGGUCUGGAAGAGUCUCUGGAACUCGGCGGCUUCGGCUACCCCGCCAUGGCAGUAGUCAACGCUAAGAAACUCAAGUUCUCAACACUUAGGGGAUCCUUCUCCGAAACUGGCAUCAACGAGUUCCUUAGGGACCUGUCAUUCGGUCGCGGCCAGACUGCCCCAGUCAGAGGCGCUGAGAUGCCCAAGAUAGUGUCGACAGACGCUUGGGACGGCAAGGACGGUGAACUGCCCCAGGAAGAGGACAUCGACCUAUCAGACGUGGACCUUGAGAAGGAUGAGUUAUAAGUGCAAACAGUGACUUAGACAAACGUAGCUAGGCGGGACUAUACUUUGUAUGGAGAUCAAGGCACAAUACAUACUAAAAAACAUAAUUAAAGUUAUUUAAUUAUUUCUAGAAGGUUCCUAGCUACGCUAUAAGAUACUCGUAUCUCAUAAACUGUACCAGUGGUUGAGUGCAUUUGAAGUUAUCUGCAGUGAGAACACACAAAUUCAUAUCAAAUCUCUGCUUUAUAGAAAGAUUGCAGGUUCGAGCAUUUGUUCAUAGUAUUUUAUUGAAGUGAGCCAGUGAAUAGUUUUACUGUUAGAUAAAUUAAUAUGUAACAUAGUUUGAUACUAUGCAGUAAUACAGGAACUAUUUAUUCCAUGCUGGAUUAAGCAUGAGUUAGGGUCUAUAGCAAAAUCUACAGGCCAAAAUAAUUAAGGCAAUGGUGAUUUUAGUUAUGCAAUUUCUACUCUAGCUACAUGGUUAAUCCAGCCCUGAUUCCAUCACAUGUUAUUUACUUUAUUUUCUGAUAUAUUUAGCGUAUCUGAAGAUCACAAAUUGAAAACAUAAUGUUUGGAGCUGAUAAGCUCGGCUCUAGCGAGCAAUGUAAUGACUGAUGUUUCUGAAUCAUUUUACUUAUUAUUUCUUAUUCAUGAUACAAAAUAUAAAAGGACUGAUACCUUUUUUAGUUAAUGAUUGGAAUUAAUUCUCCAUCAGCCAUUCUUCCAAUAAUAUUGGUUUAGCGUGGUAAGCUUUUAUUGUAAUCGUUGUGAGGAGAUAUUUUGGAUAAUUUUAUGAAUUGUAAAAUCGCUAAUAAAUUUUUAAUAUAAUUAAGUCA